AUGUUCCAUGGUCGGAAUGGUGACCGAGAAGAUGCACCUAACAUGGCAUUUGUGGUCACUGAUGGAGUUUCUAAUGUCAACUCAUUCAAGACAGUUGAUGAAGCAGAAGCGGCCAAAAAAGAUGGAAUUCAUAUUUAUGCAAUUGGAAUUGGUCUGGCUGAUACACGUGAACUUAACAAAAUUGCUAUCAUUCAUUUGCUUUUCACUUUCUUCUGCUGCUUUUUCUCUCUUCCAAAGCACAAAUGUGAGAGAGAAAUUGAAACAACCACUGAAGAACCAGAACCAAUUGCGGAAUGCCAUGCUGCUAUGGCCGAUAUUGUCUUCCUGGUGGAUACAUCUACUAGUUGUCAGUGCUCAAAAUUUUCAGAAGAUGCUCACAUUUGCCAAAAUUUCUUAUCUGAAGCCAGCAUUGAUUCGGGUGGAGUUCGUGUUGGUUUACUUGUUUAUAGCACCAAAGUUCACAUACAGUUCCACUUGAAUGAGUACUCAUCGAAAAACCAGGUGUUUGCUGCAAUAGACAGAAUUGAGUAUAGUGAGCAUGGGGAUAGAACAGAGGCACCGAGCGUAGCACUCGUCCUAACUGAUGGGGUUUCUAACAUAGAUUCAAAGCGCACUGUAGCAGAAGCAAUACGCGCGCAAUCUUCAGACAUUCACAUUUAUGCAAUUGGCAUUGGAUUGGCUGAUCUAACAGAACUGCAAAAAAUAGCAUCAUCUCCAGCUGCCGACAACAGCUUUAGUGUUGAAGAUUUUGAUGAACUUGAUAAAAUGAAAGAGGAAGUCUUUGCCCAUUUCUGUCCUGGUAAGUUUUCUAUUUUUCAACAGAAAGCAAAACAGAAAUAUGUUGACCUUAUAACCUCACAUCUAUGA